AUCCAGCGUUUUGGGCGAUUUGAGCAUGAGAACGUAAACAAUAUUGAAAGUUUAUAUACAAGACACGACAGUAAUCCUUAUUUUUCAAAGUGCGAAAAUGAAUUCGGAGGAUAUGAAAAAUGAAAAUAGUGCCGAUUCCAAUGAGCAAGAAACGAAAUUACAUACAAACACUAAAAUCAAUGAAUUGCAGUGUAGGACAAGUGAACAACAACAGAAGAUAGCAUUCUUGUCGAAAGUUGCCCAGCAGAAAGAUGAUCUUAUUAAUCUCCUGAUCAAAGAGAAAAAUAUUUUGGAAAGUGAAAAGCUUUUGCUUCAACGAGAACAACAAACAGCAAUCAAGGAGAAAGAAAUCGUAGUGAUGAGGUUUGCAGUAGUAGAGAAAAAUCUACUAGAUGCGAAUCAACAACUUGAACUGUCUGAGAAACGGGAAAGGAAAACCGCGAAAGAAUGCGAUAUCUUGCAUGACAAAAUCAAAACAAUGAAGGAAGACUAUAUUCGUCUCAACACAUCGCUAUCAAUAAAGAAUCAAGAACAUAAGAACAGCCUUCAGGAAAUCGAGAGAUUGAAAAACGAAUACUCUUCUUUGGAAGCAAAAUGCAAAUGGAGCACAGUGAAACUGAAACAGGAAAUGGAAGCAAACAAUGCACUGGAAAAGGAAAUACAGGAACUCAAAAACCGAUCAUUGCCCAACCAAAAACAUGAAACUGAAGAUUGUUCGACUGAGAAGUUAGAUGAACUGAAGGCAAACUUAAUUAUGCUCAAACAUGUGAAUUCCGAACAAACUGAACGAAUCACAGUACUUGAACAACAGUUGAAGUCAGUAUCAAAAGAAUUACAAUCCACGAAAUCAUUGCUAACGAUUAGCGAACAAGAGCGUACAAAAUUGCACGCAGCAGAUAAAGAAAGUCAGCACACCAUCGCAGAUUUGCAGAAUUUUGUAGACGCAAACGUUUUGAAAGUAGCAGAAUUACAAACGAAAAUAAAUGAGUUGGAAGCAACACGUGCUCAGUUGUCGAUUGCAAACGAUGCUAAUAGAAAUAACGUUGCUCAAAUUGAAGCUCUAAACGCAAAAUUACUUGAUCAAUCAGCCGAUAUCGUUAAGCAACAGCAAAAAGAAUAUGAAUUGUUGACAUUGAACCAGGAAUUAAGUUCACUAAACGCGAGUUUGCAGAACGAUAUUCUGUUAUUUAAAUCAAAAAGCCUCGCAAUGUCACUGGAAAAUGAAUCAAUAAAGAAGGGCCAGUCAGUUUACGAACUAAACUAUACAAAACUGAAAAAUGAGUUGAAUGCUGAGAAACAAAAUCGAACAGAAGAGCGUUUAAAAAUGGCAAAAAGUUUGGCCGAGAAAUCCAAAGAGUGUGAGAUUAUCCUAAAGAAAUAUGACCAGGUGGUUGGUGACUCAGACGCAUUAAAGAAGAAGAAUUCAUCUUUGGUAAAGGAUCUUCAACGAGAAAUUUUAGUCUUACAAAGGAUUCCAAAAAAGGAGGAUGCAAAUGAGUCUAACUCAGCUGGAACUCAACAUAUGAAAGUAGUUUCAUGUGAAGAUACUUCAUAUGAAUAUACAUGUAACCUAACAGAACCGUCCACGUCAAAGUUGAUUGAUAGAAUUGUGCGAUUACAACAGGCUAAUAAUCGUCAAACUGAGAAGAUCGAGUUCUUAGAAAAUCACUCAUCAACGCUAGUUGCAGAACUACAGAAGAAAGCCAAAAUCAUCCAGCAUUAUAUGAUGAAAGAGCCAACUAACUCUAUAAUGCACAGUGAAAAAAGUAAGCUAUACAACGGAAUAUUACAUGCUGUAAACGGAAAUCAGAAAACUCCCGAGAUAAGUUUGGAUUUAGUUCUAGAAGUGAAUAAAAAGCUACAGUUUAUACUGGAAGAUACACUACUCAAAAAUAUUACACUCAAGGAUAAUUUGGACACCCUAGGAUUAGAGGUUGAUCGAUUAACACAACAGUUAGCUCGCUAUAGCUAAGUGAUAGGAACAUAGAGUACAAUAGAAUUAGAACUCAUACUGGUAUUUUUGUUAUGCUAAUAAUAUUUGUGAUAUUUAAACGGAUGUAUUAAAAUCAUAU